AUGAAAGAUAUGAUGAGUAGAUCAAGUAUUAAAGGCAAAUAUGGCUUCAAGUUUUGUGUGAUUUGCAAAUCAGCUACCUCAGCAAAGAUGGCCUGCAAAAUCACUGCUGCAUUCAUCGCGUUCGUUGCUAUCGUUGUUAUUGCCAACUUCGGACAUGUCUCCUGCAGCCCAGCUAUCGCUACCUACGAUCCCCUGGGAGCUUGCAUUGAGAACUGCGCGCAGUGCAAGAAAAUGUUCGGUGCUUGGUUCGAAGGACCACUCUGCGCUCAAUCCUGCAUUGAGUUUAAGGGAAGCCUGAUUCCUGAAUGCGAAAACCUUGCCUCCAUCUCUCGUUUCCUCAACAAACUAUAA